AUGUCCGUAUCCCCAGGAUGGGGAGUGAGAGUUGAAGUUCCCUAUUACCAGGCAGUCAUCUUUGGGAUUAUCAUGGCAUGCAGCGACAACUCUUCAGCAUUCCAGUGCAAGAUGCGUAUUGAUUCGUCUGAAUGCGUAUUAAUGCGUCUGUAUACCAGCCAUAUUCCUAUUGUCCCCAGUCCUGGCUCUACAACAUGGGAGGGAGGUUAUGACCAUUUGCAUGAAGCGGCCCCUUCCAAUUGGGACCGUGUACUCUCGAGCUCUGCGAGAAAACACAAGAGAAACACCUUGACCCAGCUGACCUCUACCAUGCUCGUCUCCAUGCCAGUAUCACUUCUUGCUACCAGGGAUAUUUAUCGACUUCCCGGUCUAGAUCUGCCAUGUUCAGUCGAAAGCAGAGUCACCUUGAGCAGGAGCGGUUCUUCACCGCGCACGAAUGGUUUUGGCAGUAGCGGCAUGGACGGAGGUGUACAGAAUGUAAAUAAAGAUAGAAGCCGUGAUAGAGACAGAUGGGGAGAUAUUUAUGCAAAUAUGCCUGUAAAAAAAAUGAUUGCCAUGUAUGAUUAUGAUCCACAAGAACUUUCUCCAAAUGUAGAUGCUGAGGUGGAAUUGUCCUUCCAAACUGGCAAUGUUAUUUAUGUUUAUGGUGAAAUGGAUGAUGAUGGAUUCUAUAUGGGUGAGCUGGAUGGAGUAAGAGGACUAGUACCUUCCAACUUCCUGACAGAAGCUGAGCCUGGUAAGAGAAAUACCAGACAAGGAGAUCGAGGCCACGGACCUGGAGCUAGAGGUCCUCCACCACCACCACGGCCUGAACCUCGAUCAGAUCGGAGAAAAGCUUCACAGAAAUCAUACAAUUCAGAGGGACUUGCAGACAAAUUGAAUUUGGCAACACUGAGAGAAGAAGCUAUGGUUCAUAGACUUUUAGGUGGUCCAGAAAUGAAGCCACAAAAGCAUAAUGUUCUUCGUAUUUAUCUGUGCAGUUUGAAUGAUUCCUUCAGGUGUAACUUUGGAGCUCUUAAUCAACUAACUAUUUGUGAUGCGGUGGAGGUGUUAAUUACAAAAGAAACUAGAAGCAUUUUCAAAGAACAUGAUAUUCAGAUUGCAGAAGACACAGAUGAUCCUAAAGAAAUACUGUUGCUGAUUGGUGCUGAUGUGGCUGGUAAGCUGUUGACUGGAGCGGUUAAAUCUUUAGGAGACCUAGUUUCUAUUGGAACUAGACUUGGUUGGUUUUGGGAAAAUUGAUGCAAGCCUCCUCUGCACAAAAUAGUUUCACCACCAGAACUUUAGGCGCCGGAGACAAGUUUAUAUCCAAAUUGGUACAAUUGGAUCUGGAUCUGGAUUGGUACAAGAGAAUCUCGAUUGGUUUUUAUGAAAAGAGCAGAAUCCAGCAGAUCUCCCAUAUCACAGAUGUGCGACCACCAAAUUAGUUCAAAAGAGAUGGUGGAAGGUACUGAUCAGACUACAACAGUCUGAAGAUAAUGGGCCUCCUUUUUAGACCUAUGAAAAAUUAUACCGUCUUGAAAUGGCUGGAUAAGAGAUGCCAGUAGAAAGAACUAGUGAAAUUAGCAAAG